AUGCGGUACGGACAGCCGGAAGAAGAGGUUUGCCCAAAGAAAGGUGUGCGAGAUGAGACAAGCAUGCUGCACAAGGAACAUCGCCUACCCGAAAAUCCCCCACCUCCCUUGGCAGCUACAUGGCGACAGCGGUAG